AUUUCACUUCGACAAAUACACACACACAUGUAAUGUGAGAGCAAGACUCGAGACUUACUGUCACUCACUGCACUAAAAAAUCCCCAAUUUCAUCCCUCUGAUUUUCUAGGGUUUUCGAACCUGCUUCAAUCUCGUGUUCGUAUGGUCUCUGAAUUCAAGUUACAGAUCUCCACAAUUUCACAAUUAGAGUCCGUAAAUUAUUCAUGGAGAAACAGCUCGUAGAGAGGCUUCGAGACGCUGGCAACAGGCUCCACCACUUUCCGUCUCAAGUCGAUCAGCUUCUGUCUCUUCUCGAUCAAGUUGAGAAUCUUCUAGAAAAGGUAGAUCAGUCCCCUUCAACACAAAUUCAAAAUGCCUAUUCGAAAAUAACGAAAGCUUUGCUGGCCGAACCCCUUAUAAGGCACGCGGAUGCUGAUGUUCAAGUUUCAGUUGCAUCUUGCAUCAGUGAGAUAACUAGGAUCACAGCACCAGAAGCCCCAUACGAUGAUGACAAGAUGAAGGAAGUAUUUCAGCUGAUUGUAUCAUCAUUUGCGGAUUUGUAUGACAUGUCCAGCCGAUCGUAUGACAAGCGUGCAUCCAUUCUUGAAACUGUUGCCAAGAUCAGGUCAUGUGUUGUAAUGCUAGAUCUGGAAUGUGAUGGGCUGAUCAUUGAGAUGUUCAAGCACUUCCUCAGGUCAAUAAGGGACGACCAUCCAAAAAAUAUCUUCGAAUCCAUGGAAACAAUAAUGACUGUUGUACUGGAAGAAAGUGAAGAUGUUUCCGUAGAACUCUUGAUGCCCAUACUGGCUAUUUUGAAAAGGGGAAAUGAGGAAAAUUCAUCUGUUGCCUGUAAGUUGGGGGAAAGUGUGUUUGCAAAGUGUGCAGUCAAGCUUAAGCCUUUUCUAAAACAAGCUGUGAAAUCCUCGGGUCUUUCUUUAGAAGAUUACAGUCAAAUUGUUACUACAAUAUGCAAUGGAUCAAAUGGUGAAGUUGUGCAUGAAGAAGGCAAUAUUGUUGCAGAGCAGUUGGUUGAGGAGAGCAGAAUGACCACAUCUUCUGAUGGGAUGCCCCAGGAUGCAAAAGAGCUUGUUCCAGAACAUGCUUGUGAAGAGGUUCCAUUGAAGCACGAUGAUAAUAGUCUCAGUACCGAGCCUUUGAAUACUAACAUAAACAAAGAGGACAAGGAUGAUAUAGAUACUGUGAACUUGGGUGAAGUAGAUAAUAAGCAAGAAAGAACUGAAAAGAAAAGAGGAAGAAAACCUUGCUCUCCAAAACCUUCUGAACCUUCGCGUAUUGGUUGUGACAUAGAAACUGAGAUUAUUUGUCAGAAAGCAAGUGACAAAGCUAAUAGCUCGCCAAGCCAUAACCAGGAUGUCCCUAUUUCAUUGGAUAAGGAUGCACGUGCUUCUCCAGACAAAGAAGAGCUGCCAUUUUCUCCACCUGAAAUGUUGGACAGUAAAGUUAAGGUCUCUUUGUCCCCAAGCAAAAGUCUUUCCAAAGAGAGUUCUCGAAAGAAGGUUGGUGUGUCGAAGGAGAAAGAUACUUUGGCUCAAGAGCUUGCAUCAGUGGAUUCUGCUCUUAAAAAGGCAAUUGAUGGAACAAGUAGUACGGAAGGUAAACUGGAUUCUGCUCUUAAAAAGGUAAUUGAUGGAACAAGUAGUACGGAAGGUAAACUGAAAACAAAUGUUGAAAAGAAGAAACUUAGUUUGGCUCUGGAAGAUGCGCUGUCAAUGGACAGUGCUCCGGAAGAGGCAGCUGAGGUUAACAGUGACUCGGAAAUUAAGCCCCAAAAGCAAUCUGGAAAGAGGGAAAACUUUGUUCAAGAACAUCAGUCGGGUAACAAUCUAUUUUCUGAUACUGCAGCAACUGCAGAUGGGGGUAGUGAUUUGGACAUUGAAGCUAAAGGGCUUCCCAGGAAGAAUGGAGGGGAUUCAGACCAAGAAGAUGAACAUCCUGAAGGUCUUAUUUCCCCAUCUGGCGGAAGUAAUGAUUCAGAAAAGGUCUCUGGUAAGAAAAAAGUAAACCUAGCUCAAGAAGACGAAGAACCUGUUUCGCAGAAGGUAGAUGAUAAAAUUCGUGAUUUUAAGCGAUCUGGAAAGAAAGCCAUUCGUACCAAGAAGGCAACUUCUCGUGUUAAGAAGGGCAAUAUGCUCAAGAGAAGAGGCACAUCCAAAACGGAUACCAAGGAUGAUAGUGACAAAGAGGAAGAGUUGGCACUGUCUGCCAGUGAGGGGGAUGAAAGAGACUCAGAGGCGAAGCCUUUGGUGCAAUCAGGUAAGGAGGUAACAAGCGGACGCAGGGGACGACCCCCGAAGAAGUCCAUUAAGGUGAUUGUGUCGGAGACCGAUGAGGAUGGAAGUGACUCAGACACAAAGGUAUCGCUGCAUUCAGAUAAGGAGAAAACAAGCAAACCCGUGGGACAAUCUCUGAAAAAUUCAGGCAAGGGGAAUGUGUCAGAGGCGAAGCUACCAGGUAAGAAGGAGAACAAAACCAACAUGGAUAAAGAUUCUCGGAAAAAGGAUGCUACCAAAAGGACUGUGCUUGAUAAGAAUAAACAAGAGAAAAUUUUGUCGCAGUCCCAGACUAAGGGUAUGGUAACAUCCCCAAAGUCCACGAGAAAGCCUCUUAUAGAAAAUGAUCCUAGAGAGAAUUCAAAACGGAAGCUGACACCUGGUGACUAUAAGGGUUCCGGUGAUAUAGAGUAUGGAGAGAACCUGGUUGGUGCCAGGGUCAAAGUGUGGUGGCCUGAUGAUAAACAGUACUAUGAAGGUAUCAUAGAGUCAUUUGAUGUUAGGAGGAAGAAACACAAGGUUUCAUAUACUGACGGAGAUGAAGAAGUGCUAGUUCUGCAAAAGGAGAAGUGGGAAUUUGUUGAUGAUGGAACAGUGCAGGAGGAAGGAGAUAAGGAUUCGAAUCCUAGUUCUUCUGCAAAAUCUCGUAGUUGGAAAAGAGCUAGGAGGAAUCCUGAGCAACUGGAGCAAAAACAAAUGGAUGUAUCACCUCAAAGAGGUGGCACUGCUGCUACAAACAAGUUAAAGGGCACAGCUACUAAAUCUAGUCAGAAACAUGACGCCAAAGCAAAAGACAAAACAUUUAAGAUCACUGCUAGUUCCGAAGAAGAUGAGGAAAGUGAAGAUGACUCUAUGGAUAGGACACACCAAAGUGGCAACACUUCAAGUGGCACGCGGAAGGUGAAGUCUAGUUUGUCCAAGCUUAAAGAAAGCAAUACAUCGAAGGGAAAGUCAUCUGGCUCUAGCAAAACACCAGAAACUGCCAAAGCGAAGUCAGCUGGAACACCCAAAGCUGGAAAAAGUGGGGGGAGGAGUGGGAAGAAGCGGAGAAGAGGAUAUUGAGCAUUGAGGCUGGUGCAGCUAUUGUAUAAUCUAGUAUGUUUUAUAUUAUACAGAAGGGAUUCUGACUAGGGGUUGCGCAUCACUAUCGCUAUCUGUAUCUUAUUUUGAAUGAGGAUGUACUCAUAGUUUGGUUGUCGAUGUAGGAUUAUGAUAGUCGAUACAUUCUGGGAUAUAUGUAUCUUUAAUAUUUAAAUACUUUUGGAUUAGGAAAAUUAUAGGUAGGGUGCAGCAGAAACUGAGAAUAGCUGUUUUGUUUUUUAAAUUUAGAGACAUGUUGAACUUUUAGUUAAAUAACUUUUAGUUAGCUAGGGAACUUUCUGAGUGUUGGUUUUGGUUUUA